CAACAACACACUGCUUGGAUGUCAUAAGAGACUGAUCUACCAGAACACCAAGAUCUAUUUCUUCCAUAACAUUGGUGUUAGUAACAGCAACCAAUAUACUAAUAAUACAUUCUUUGGACACUCUCCUUUGACUGAGGAAACCUUAUGGCCAGGAGCUGUGUUAAAGUUAAACCCUUUGAAUAAGGAGCAGCUUCAGUCAGCUCUGAUUUUAAUGAUACAGAAUGAAGACAGCAUUCUAACAAGAAUCCAUGAAGCUUACAUUUUAGCACUUACCAACAAGCUCAACCACCUUACCAAACUUACUGAAAGUUCAGAACACAGUCUUCAUUGAAACAGGAAUGGAAGGUUCAUUUUUCUGAAAAGAAAGGUUGUCUUCUAGAGAAACAUCUAAGAAGACUUGUCAGGUUUGGAGAGUUCACUAAUGAAUGUGAUAUUCUUAAGAACUUCUAGCUCUCGAUGUCAAAAAUUUAGGUUUUCUUGUCUGUUUAUCAAGCUUCUCUAUUGAUUUCGGUAUUAAUUUUAUCAACUAGAAUAUUUGACUUUACAUCUUUGUUGUUUUUUUUCCGAAAAUUAAUAUAAUUUUUAAGUAUUGAGUAGGAAUUGUCAAAGAAAAAAGUUGUUUCUACUGUCACAGUAUUUAAUAUUUUUAGUUUAAUCUACUAAAAUACUUUGUUUCUAACAGAGUUUUUGUGUAUUUUCAGAAGCACAAAUAGUUUGAAACUUUUCACACAACUCAUUCUGUACUGAGAGGGGCCAAAAAUAUUGGUAGCAAGAAGUUUUCUUGUGGUGACUUUUGUUUGUGAAACUUCCAAAUGUUUGUUAAUAGUGACAAAAGUUACUAACUUAGAUGAGAAUUACAAAUUUAAUUCUGUAAUUACAAAUAAAACUUCAUACCAUUACAAAUAAAACUUCAUAUCAUUACAAAUAAAACCUCUGUAUCACUACAGAUAAACUGUGACAUUAAAAAUAAAACUUUGUCAGUACGGAUAAAAUUCGGUGUUAUUACAGACAAAAUUUAUUAAAAAUACAAUUCUGUGACAUCACUUAUACAUUUUUCUGUGUCAUUACAAAUAAAACUUGGUGUCAUUAUUUUCAAUUCAUAAUAUUAAUUUGGAAACAGAUUUUGAUAAUGACAAUUAUUAUAGUACUGUAUACACGUGUACUUGUAAAGAUUUUAAAUAUCUAUCUGUAUUAUGUGAAAAGGACAUAAAAAGACCCUUUAUUUGUGAAAUAAUGUUAAGAUGACAGGUGUAACCAAUUACAAACUUUGUUGCUUAUGUGACCGUACUGCUAAUCAGUGCUUUCUUUCUGUUAAGAAGUGUGGAACUGUGAUAUGUGAAUUUUUUGUUUUUAAUUAAAAUCCAAGUGUUAGAUCAAUUGAUUUUUAUUGUAAUGUAUUGGAAGACUGCAGGAGUUGGUCAUAAUUUCAAACAGUAAAAGUUAUACACUGUGAAUUGUGUUGUUUUGAUUGUCUGAAAUUAAUAUAAUAAAGAACUUGAAAUGGUAUAAAACUUGUAGAUGCCUUUUUUAUGGUAUUAAUAUUGAUAUUUUAAAUCAAAACGAACAUUUUUUGUAAUGAAAUUGGAAGGUGUUUGUUAUGCUAACAAUGUGUGCAGUUAGAAUGUCUUUAUAAUGUACUGUGGGCCUAUGAAGGACAUUAGAGAGAAAAUGGAGCAGGUGAGAGCUAAUUUAGAUAAGUGAUAUUCAUGUACUUGAAUAUUUUUUUUGUAUGACUAUUUUUUUGUUUAAGUGAUAUACCCAGUGAAUCAAGCUAAUUUUUUUUAAAUAUAAGUUUACAUUAUGAUUUGUUUUACUCAUUCAGAGAAAAAAGUUACUGUUGUGCGUGAAACACUGAAUCAAAAUUUUAUGUACAAGUUCAAGAACAGGGUAAUGGGCCCUUCACAUUGGAAAAUAAUAUGUUUGUAUUAUCAAGCCUACGUUGUGCAUGUGAUUAUAUAUAGCAAGAAGUCCAAAUUUAAAUGGCAAAAUGAUUUAGAUAAUAAGUAUUGAAACAUCAAAUGUUUUUAUUACUAUUAUUUAAAAAUGAUAAGAGUAAUACAUCAAGUUUAGUUUCCAAGAUGUAGUCACAAAAUUGGGAAUGUUUUUUAUGCCCUCUGUCUUGAUAUUUGAAGGAUAUAUUUGUGUUAUGUUGUCAGGUAAGUAACCUUCCUUGUGAAAUAUUUUGAAAUUAAAGAUAUUAAUACAAUUAUCAUGUUUUUCAAAA